AUUGGGUACCAAAUGCGAAAUAUUUUAUGGGGAGAAAGAUUUUUGUUGACGUUGAUCUUACGAACCAAUGUAUCGGACAUAGGUUACAAUCCAACGCUCUCUUCGUUGAGUCUCCGGCGACCGUUUCUGCGUCAGAGAGGACUCAAUACUCCCUCCGUCUCUCUCAAUUUCCCGCCGAUGCAUUCGUUAUUCAAACCUCGCCGCUCAUUUUGCUCCCUCAAUCACUUCUAUCGCUCCUCAACUUUCAUUUCGGGAGACGCAACAUCGGAAACUACAGUUGGAAGAAGCUCUACGCUCAUCCAUCCAACUGCUGUCGUACAUCCAAAUGCUGUCAUUGGCGAGGAUGGGUAUAUUGGUCCAUUUUGUACUGUGGGAGCCUUUGCAAAGCUGGGAAAUGGUUGCCAAUUGUAUCCUGGGAGCCACAUUUUUGGGUGUACAGAAUUAGGGGAUCGAUGUGUCUUGAUGACUGGCGCUAUAGUUGGCGAGGACAUUCCUGGUCGGACAGUCAUUGGGUGUAAUAACAAAAUAGGUCACCAUGCAGUGGUUGGCAUUAGAUGUCAAGACAUGAAAUAUAAGCCAGGGGAUGAAUGUUUUCUUGAUAUUGGAGAUAACAAUGACAUAAGAGAGCACUCAUCAGUCCACCGAUCUUCGAAGUCCAGUGAUGUGACAGCUAUUGGUGAUAACAAUCUCAUAAUGGGUUCCUGUCAUAUUGCUCAUGAUUGCAAGAUUGGUAACAACAAUAUUUUUGCAAAUAAUACUCUUUUAGCCGGCCACGUUGUGGUGGAGGACUAUGUUCACACAGGAGGCACCACUGCUGUUCAUCAAUUCUGUCAUGUUGGUUCUUUCUCAUUUGUUGCUGCGGGUUCAAUGGUUUCACAAGAUGUCCCAAAUAUAUGAUGUGGGGGAGAAAGACCAGAACUACGUGGGUUAAAUCUAGAGGGACUUCGGCGCAAUGGAUUCACAGUGGAAGAGAUCAUUGGCUUGAGAUCUGCAUACAGGAAGAUAUUCAUGUCUACUGAUGCAAAUUCUGAAGGGUUGGAAGAACGUCUCAACGAAGUGGAACAGCAUGAAAAAUUGGCUCACAUAUCUUCAGUUCGUUCCAUGAUUCAGUCAAUUCGUGCAUCAUUUGAACAAAAUCGUCGGGGCAUAUGCAAAUUCAGACUAUGGAGUAGCUCUUAAGUCAGCACCUUGAAACAUGGAAAUUAAAAGGAAAGGAACUCUUUAGCUUGACCAACCUAAGGUUUUCUUUUAGGUAAUCUAAAACAAUCUUUCAAAGCUAACACAGCCUCUGACUUUGAACUUUGUUUUUUAACAAAAAAGAAGUUUAAAAAUGAAAAGAAAAAACCUAAUUCCGUGUCUACCUACAAGCCUAGUUUGUCCUAGGUUUCAACAUGUUACACAUUUAGCUCUUAAAUUUUGAGUUUGGUAGUGUUAUAAUUUUACUUUUUAACAUAUGUUUGAAUUUGGUACUUAGAUGUUAUGACAUGCACUUUUAGAAUAUUGUUUGAUUCAAGUAGUUUGAAAAGUCCCUUGUUCAAGUAGUUAGUGAGUCCUACCACUAAAAAAUAUUAAUUUUAUACCUUAUCAACUCCUUUCACUGA